UAAUGCUUAUGUUACCAUGAAACGGAUGAACUGCCAUCUAAUGGAAUUUUUAUUAUCUACAAUUAUAACCUUAUAGUGUAUCCAGUGAAAAUAUAAUAUACUAAUUAUUAUUUAAAGAAUAAUAUUGUGUGCUUUCAUCAAAUAAAAUAAAUGUGAUUCCAAUCAAUUUGUUGUGAUUUUCAUAGCUUAUGCAGAUUCGUGUAUGAUCGCAUAUAAUAUAUAUAUAUAUAUACAUAUAUAAGUACAUAUAUAUAUGUCCCGGUGAAGUUCAUGCUAGCACGAGUUAAAACUAAUAAAAGAAAAUAUAAUAUAAAAAAAAUUAUUUAUUAUUAUUUGUAACAUUUAAUAAUGCGAUGGUCACUUCCGAAACCAGUCUAUUAUGCAUCGAUGAUUACAACUACAGUUGGUGUAGCGUAUCUAACAAAAGAUUAUUUUGGUGGGAAAAAGUAUGAAGGAGAAGAGAAUUUAGAAGGUAAAGUUAUCAUUGUUACUGGUGCUAAUUCUGGUAUUGGUAAAGAAACAGCUCGUGCAUUUGCUGCACGAAAUGCUAAAGUUAUCUUAGCUUGUAGAAAUAAAGAAAGAUGUGAACAGGCACGCAAAGAUAUUGUUAUUGAAACAAAAAAUAAACAUGUUUAUUGUAGAAAAUGUAACUUGGCAUCUCAAGAAAGUAUACGGAACUUUGUUACUCGAUUUAAAAAUGAAAAUUCUGAACUCCAUAUACUUGUUAAUAAUGGUGGUGUAAUGCGAUGUCCAAAAAGUUAUACAAAAGAAGGCAUCGAAAUGCAACUAGGAGUAAAUCAUAUGGGACAUUUUUUACUUACAAAUUUAUUAUUAGAUGUUUUAAAACAAUCUGCACCAUCUAGAAUUAUAAAUGUUUCAAGUAAUGCACAUUUAAAAGGAAAACUUCAAGUCAAAGAUUUAAAUAGUACAGAAAAGUAUGAUCCUUACGAAGCAUAUGCCCAAAGUAAAUUAGCUAAUGUUUUGUUUACAAGAGAACUGGCAAAGAGACUAAAAGGAACACAAGUUACAACUAAUGCGGUUCAUCCAGGGAUUGUCGAUACAGAAAUAACAAGACACAUGACGUUAUUUAAAAAUCUUUACUUUAAAUAUUUUAUUAAACCAUUUAUAUGGCCUUUUAUAAAGUCACCUAAACAAGGAGCUCAAGCAAUUUUACAUGUUGCAUUAGAUCCUAAGCUUGACAAUAUCACAGGCUCUUAUUUUAGGUGAGUAAUAAUAAAGUAUCUUAUUUAAAUUAAUUCCCUUGAAUAUCUGCAAAACUGAUGAUACAAAAAAAUAUUGAAAAUGAAAAUUUCAAAAAAACACAUAAUAUGAUGUAAUUUGGUAUAUUGUCGGUGGAUACAUAAAGGAUAUAUAUCUACUAUAUUUUUUUGCCUACUAUGCCUACUAUAUAUUUUUUUUAAUUAUAUCAUAUGUUCUUGAUUUUGUUUGAUAUUAUCUAUAGAAAAAUAUUAACCUAUAUAUUUCAAGAAAUUAUUAGUUUAGGAGAUAUCUUAGUUUAAAUAUUGCUAAGAAACUAUCACUCUC